AGAACAAACCCAACGAACAAACAGUUGACUUCUUCCACCACCUUUACCCCACCACUUCCACCACCACCGCGACCGCCACUUUCUCGCCACUUUCUCGCCACUUCCACCCCAAAGAAAAACACAAAGAACAAUGGCCAAAUCUGCCAGAGCCACCAUCUCGAAGCGCAACAGUGCGACUCGUCGCGACACCAUCCACAAGCCCGUCGAAGACGAGCGCCUACAGAGACUGUCGGAGAAGCUUCUCGCGAUCGCGAAGGCGGAGCUCCCCACAGAGUCCACCAACCCCGCGAACAAGAAGGACGAUGCCAUGGAUGUAGUCGAAGAGUCCAAGGCUGGAGAGACGACUGCAGCAGCGCCUGCAAACGGCCCCAGCAAGAAGCGAGCGUCGAAAGGGAAGAUCUCUAGACCUCGGCAUACCCGCAACGCUGUCGUCUUCCCGAGUCUUCGGAAAAAUCUUCUGAGGCAGGGCGCCAAGCGAAAGACAAAGGCUUGAUUUGGAGGAACUGGGAGCUGGGUUUACUUUGAUUUUUGUUCGCCGGUCAUAAAAGCAUGGAAUUCAGGAAGCACAACUGUAAAUAAUCACAUGAUAAACGUUCAUUUGAUACCCA